AUGAGCAGAAAUAUUAUUUCAAGAAGAAAAAAACGAACUUUAGGAUCAACUCAUCAGUACAGACAUAUAAUUACUGAAGAUGUUUCAAAAACCUAUAGACAACUUGAAGAAACAUCUAGAAGACUACAAUCAAAACUUAAUGAUAUGGUGUCUAAAGCACGGCUGAUACAAGAUAUUGAGUGCAGAUAUUUAGCACUUAGAGAAAAAGUUGCUGAUACAGAACAUAUGUUAUUGCUUAAUGGUAUAGAUACAUCAGAAUAUCCACUAUUUCGUGAAAUAAUACCCGAAAAUGAAGAAGAUCGAGAUACCGACUGUGAAAUUAUUGAUGACAUUUAA